ACUCCCUCUUCAAUUAAACCCAAACCCUCAUAACCCUUUCUCAACCUUUCUUCAAACUCUUCAUUCACUUCAUCAAAUACACAAUUUUCAUCCCAACCCAAAAUCAAUCAAACCAAAAAGUUUUCAUUUUUUAUCAUCUGUGUACCAUUUCCUCAAAAAAAAAAUGCAUCUGGGUAUCAUUGAAUUUUGCAUCUUUCAAAGAUUUAUAAGUGCCAUUUUCAUUAAUCUAAACCCUAAACCCUAAACAAAUCAAACCAAAAAGUUUUCAUUUUUAUCAUUUCAUCAAAAAAAAAAAAUCAUCUGGUUAUUCAUUAAAUUUUGCAUCUUUCAAAGAUUCAUUAGUACCCUUUUCAUUAAUGUAAACCCUAAACUCUUAAACCUAAACAAAUAAAACCAAAAAGUUUUCAUUUUUAUCAUCUUAGUAUCAUUUCCUCAAAAAACAAAUCAUCUGGGUAUCAUUAAAUUUUGCAUCUUUUCAAAGAUUCAUUAGUGCCCUUUUCAUUUAAUUUUCAAAUUUUGAAUAUGCAUGCUCAAAAUGAUUCUGAUGUCACGAGUUUCGACCCAUCAUUAUCAUCACCAUCACCAAAACGAACCGUUUAUUAUGUUCAAAGUCCUUCAGGAGACUCUCAUGAUGAUGGUGAUAACAAAUCUUUCACUAUGCAACCAAGUCCUAUGAAUUCACCUUCACAUCAAUCCUAUGUUCAUCAUUCAAGAGCUUCUUCUUCUAGUAGAAUCUCUGGUGGUUAUAAUAAUAAUAAUAGUAACUCUUUUUUGGGUGGUAAGAAAGGGAAUAGGAAAAGGAAUGAUGAUAAAGGGUGGUUUGAAAUUGAAUCUAAGGUGAUUGAGGAAGAAAGUGGUUAUGGUGAAUUUUAUGAUGGUGAUAAGGGUUUGUCUAGAAGGACUCAAUUCUUCAUUGCUUUUGUUGGGUUUGUUUUGGUGUUUAGUGUGUUUUGUUUCAUCAUUUGGGUUGCUAGCUUGCAUUACAAACCUCAGCUUAGUGUCAAGAGUUUGACAGUACAUAACUUCUAUUUCGGAGAAGGGUCCGACAUGACCGGAGUUCCAACUAAGAUGCUGACAGUGAAUUGUUCGAUGAGAAUGUCUGUGCAUAACCCUGCAACUUUUUUUGGCAUUUAUGUCAGCUCCAAGUCAGUGAAUCUUAUGUAUUCUGAGAUUACCGUUGCAACAGGCGAGUUGAAGAAAUAUCAUCAACAGCGAAAGAGUCACCGGACAGUGUUGGUCAACCUACAAGGAAGCAAGGUUCCGCUGUAUGGCGCCGGUGCAAGCUUAGCCACCUUGGCAGACAAUGGUAAAAUAUCGAUGACGCUCGUCGUAGAAGUUAAGUCGCGCGGAAAUGUUGUCUGGAAGUUGGUGAGGACUAAACACACGCGACGUGUCUCUUGCUCAGUAGCUAUUGACCCUCACAACAACAAACCUAUCAAACUUAAAGAGAAUGAUUGUAGAUAUAUCUAAAUAGUUUUUGGUCUAACAGAAACCAAUUUCUUGGGUGCUAUAGAUUUGCUGAUACAGAUAAAAGGGUGAAAGAAUAGUACUAGAAAUUAUUGAGGAAAAAAAAAAAAAUAGGUUCAUAAUGAAAAAGAAAGCUCUAUUUUAGAGUUGAUUGUAUGUGUGUGUGUGUGGAUAGUUCAAAAUUUUGAACAUUGGUGCCUUUCCUUUAAAAUCUCAAUGAAAGACUUCUUUUUAGCUUUUAUAUAGUGAUAGCAUUUGUGAUGAUCAA